AUGGUCGUAGCCGCGUCUCGCUCGCUCUCCGGCGGGGCGUGGCCGGGGAAAAGAGAGAGCUCGAGGCGAGGUGCGCCCGCCCGGGUAUCGAUCCGUUCGCCCCGCCCCGCGCCGCUCGUUAACUCGGUAGCCCGUCGAGGCUCCCUCUAUCGCUGCCUACAUUUUUUCCGUCGGCGUUUUAUCGGCCGUUUAAUGACGUAG